CUAAACAUACAGGCGAGUGGGCCGACGAGGCAUUCAGUUCGGUCGCAUCUGACAGCGAUUUUCGCGUCCAUGGCAGCCGUGGAAAACGAAGGUCUUUCUCUGAACAUUGUCGUGUUGCUCCUGUAAUCUGUUGCUCAGGAUACGCAUGCCGAAUUGCCAGCCAUGUGUAGAUGACCGCACUGCUGCUCCAAGAAAAAUCUCUGAAGUUUGUAGUAUCUUGCAAUAAUAACACGGCAUCAGUUUCUGAGUGUAUCUUGUCAGUAUUAAUUCCAGUCAGCCAUGAAUUCCCUUUUGUUUUCAGAGUACAGGACACUGACUGCAUUUCUUUUCAUACCCUCGAGAGGAAAAGGCCACCAUGCUUCCGAUUUCUAACACAAAAGUCUCAAGAAAAAACGAGUCUUGAGAGAAAACGAGUUGUAGCACAAGCUGUUUCGGACAAGGAAAAACUGAAGCUUUUCCAGAGCUUCCUGCAAAGGUACUCAUCAUCAAUUGUGCCAUCCAAAUUGAAGUUCAAAUUUCCACUGCCAAGAUGAUCAAACUCCGGUCAGCUCUAGGCGUUCUUGAGAUCUUGUCAGUUCUUUGCAUCAGCCUUGUUGCUGCAUACACUCCAGUAGACAACUACCUCAUCAGCUGCGGCUCAUCGGUCGACACGCCGGUUGGCCAGCGGCUGUUCGUCGCCGACGACUCGGGCACGGUCGUCCUGACAUCUCCGGCGAGUGACGCGGUGAAAGCCUCGCCCAGCGCGGUGUCCGGGUUGCGCGACGACGCCGCCAUGUACCAGAGCGCCAGGGUGUUCAAGGCGCCGUCGUCCUACUCGUUCCGGAUCAGGGACCCCGGCCGCCACUUCGUCCGCCUCCACUUCUUCCCCUUCGUGUACCUCGGCUACGACCUCGCCACGGCGAGCUUCAAGGUGUCGACGCAGGACGCCGUCCUGCUCGACGGCUUCGCGCCGGCGGCGGCGGCGAGGGGCAACGCGUCGACGACGACGACGACGGCGACGGCGGCGGCGGUGUGCGAGGAGUUCCUGCUGGACGUGGCGCGCGACACGCUCGUCGUCACGUUCGUGCCGCUCGCCGGCAGGCUCGCGUUCGUCAACGCCAUCGAGGUCGUCUCGGUCCCCGACGACCUCAUCGGCGCUGCUGACUCGUCGCUGUCGACGUCCGACUCCACUGGCCAGCAGCUCAACCCUGCCGUGAUGCCGCUGCAAACGGUCUAUCGGGUCAAUGUGGGCGGCCAAGCGGUGGCGCCCGACAGCGACACGCUCUGGCGAGAAUGGACUAGUGACCAGCAAUUAUUGGUUGGACCCGCAAUGACUAAAGGAGUUUCUUACAAUCGAACACCGAACUACCUGCCCGGGCAAGCGACGGCGAACGACGCACCGGCCAUCGUCUACGCCACCGGCAGGGAGCUUAUCAUCAUGACGAACUCGACGGACGACGGCAUGAAACAAAUGGCGUGGCAGUUCGACGUCGGCAGGUCGGCGAGCUACCUGAUCAGGUUCCACUUCUGUGACAUCGUGAGCAGCGUGCCUGGCCGCCUCCACAUGAACGCCUAUGUCGACAGCUCCAACGCGAUUCAAGAUCUCGACCUCUCCGCCAUUGGCAAUGGCACGCUGGCGUUCCCGUAUUACAGAGACUUCGUGCUGGCUGCUAGCACUCCAUCCGGCAAGCUCGCCGUCUACGUUGGGUCGACGUCGCAGAAGAUCACGACACCUGCCGCCAUUCUCAAUGGCCUAGAGAUCAUGAGGAUACUCACGACCGCCGGCAACGUCGCCGUCGUCGAGCCAACGAUGCCGCCGGGAACGAAGAAGAAGAACAAUUUGGCCGUCGUUCUUGGCUCAGUCUGUGGAGCUUUCGGUUUCGUUUCCGUCGCCGCUGCUCUUGUCAUUGUUCUUAGGAGGAAAGAGGAGAAGGAGGAGCUGCGGACGCCGACGACGAGCCAGCCGUCGACGGCAUGGAUGCCGCUCCUCGGCCGGAUCAGCUUCCGCAGCGCGCCGCCGAGCGCCGUCGGGUCACGGUCGCCCAGCUUCACCAUUGACACCAACGCCAACACUCCAGGAGGAGGCGCCACUCCCGGCAUGGCCGCGGCGGCCUCGUCUUCCCCGAGCUACCGCUUCCCGUUCGCCGCGCUGCAGGACGCGACGGGCAACUUCGACGAGGGCCUCGUCAUCGGCGAGGGCGGGUUCGGGAAGGUGUACGCCGCCGUGCUCCAGGACGGCACCAAGGUCGCCGUGAAGCGCGCGAACCCGGAGUCGCGGCAGGGCGCGCGGGAGUUCCGCACGGAGAUCGAGAUGCUCUCCGGCCUGCGCCACCGUCACCUCGUCUCCCUCAUCGGCUACUGCGACGAGCAGGAUGAGAUGAUCCUGCUCUACGAGUACAUGGAGCACGGCUCGCUGCGGAGCCGCCUGUACGGCGGCGGCGCGGCGACGGCGACGGCGACGGCGCUCAGCUGGGCGCAGCGGCUGGAGGCAUGCGCCGGCGCGGCGAGGGGGCUCCUCUACCUGCACACGGCCACCGCCAAGCCGGUGAUUCACCGCGACGUCAAGUCGUCGAACAUCUUGCUCGACGACGGCCUCACGGCGAAGGUCGCCGACUUCGGCCUCUCCAAGGCCGGGCCGGACAUGGACGAGACGCACGUCAGCACGGCGGUGAAGGGGAGCUUCGGCUACGUGGACCCGGAGUACGUGAGGACGAGGAAGCUCACCGCCAAGUCCGACGUCUACUCGUUCGGCGUCGUGCUCCUCGAGGCGCUGUGCGCGCGCCCCGUCGUCGACCCGAGGUUGCCCAAGCCGAUGGUGAACCUCGUCGAGUGGGGGUUGCACUGGCAGCGGAGGGACGAGCUGGAGAAGAUCGUCGACCGGCGGAUCGCCGGGACGGUGAGGCCCGCCGCGCUGAGGAAGUACGGCGAGACGGUGGCCAGGUGCCUCGCCGACCGCGGCGCCGACCGGCCGGCGAUGGAGGACGUCGUGUGGAGCCUGCAGUUCGUGGCGCGGCUGCAGGAGGUGGACGGCCUCGACGCCUCCGACGUGAGCAGCCUCAACAUGGUUCAUCAGCUGAUGCCGCCGACGAGCUUGCACGCUCGUCAGAGAAGCGCCGGCGAAAGCGAGACCGGCAGGACGGACGCCGACGAGGACAGCAGUGUGGUAGAUGAUGAUUACACCGAUGCUUCCAUGAGAGGAAUCUUCUGGCAAAUGGUCAAUGUGCGCGGGAGAUGAUACUGAUCAGUCAUCUUCAAACAUUCCAGAUCAUGAAUUAGUCAUCUUCAGACUGGUCAGUUCAUUGUUGAACAUUCCAGGUCAAAAUUCACCUCUCCAGUAUCCAGUCGGAAAAAGUGAACAAAGACAUACUUAGAAUUUAAAAUAUACUUACCAGUGAAAAUUUUGUACUGUCCCUACAAUGGAGUUCAAACAUAUGCUUGAAUGAAAGACAUGCGAGUCUCAUAAUUUAUGUUUGAGCAGAAAUACUACACAGUUCAAACUUUUGCCUACCUUCUGGAAGCAGGUACUGGAUGGGGCCGGACAGCAAGACUGCAAGGCCUAAUUAGCAUCCAUACAAAAAUAUUAGCAAGAGCAAGCAAUAGCCGAUAUGUUCCAGAAACCGCGGUGGGCCGCAAAUUCCAUUUUAUGCAGUUCGGAGUACAACCAACAGAUGGCAUGGU